GGCGUGGUCUUAUGAAUCAUGUGAUUUUAGAGUCGUGGUCGGUCGUUUGCGCAUGCGCCUUCUGCUGUGUGACUUGAGACGCAGAGACCUUCAGAGUCAUGGCUGUACCACCGAACUACGCAGACCUUGGCAAAGCUGCCCGUGAUGUUUUCAAUAAAGGAUUUGGGUUUGGAUUAGUAAAGCUGGAGCUAAAGACAAAAUCCUCCAGUGGAGUGGAGUUCACAAGCAGCGGCUCAUCAAACACUGAUACAGGGAAAGCAUCCGGUAACCUGGAGACAAAGUACAAGAUGAAGGAGGCAGGACUAACUUUCACACAGAAGUGGAACACAGACAACACCUUAGGGACUGAGGUGGCAAUAGAAGACCAGUUGGCUAAGGGUUUGAAGCUGUCUCUGGAUACCACAUUUGUACCCAAUACUGGUAAAAAGAGUGCCAAACUCAAGACGUCCUAUAAGAGAGACUAUGCCAACCUAGGCUGUGAUAUUGACCUUGACCUGGCCGGUCCAACGAUAUAUGGGUGGGGAGUCCUGGGCUACCAAGGCUGGUUGGCCGGUUAUCAGAUGGCGUUUGACACUGCUAAGUCCAGGCUGGCACAGAACAACUUUGCACUGGGCUACACGGCGGGAGACUUCCAGCUGCACACAAAUGUGAAUGACGGCACAGAAUUUGGAGGGUCUAUCUACCAGAAGGUCAAUAAGGACAUAGAGACCUCUGUGAGCCUGGCAUGGAGUGCAGGCAGUAAUAACACUCGUUUUGGCAUUGGUGCCAAAUACCAGCUGGACUCAAAUACCACCGUUUCUGCCAAAGUCAACAAUGCCAGUUUGAUUGGAGUGGGCUACACACAGUGUCUGCGGCCUGGAGUGAAGCUGACCCUUUCUGCUCUGAUCAAUGGGAAGAACUUUAGUGCUGGCAGCCACAAGGUGGGGCUGGGGUUUGAGCUGGAAGCAUAAUGUAGAGACCGGUCUUGUAUGAAGAUCCACCAGUCCCGACCUUACCUCCCUCCAGAGAUGCCCACAGAACAGAUGUGACCGCACAAGCAUGAGAUGUACGAGCAGUGCCAAUGGAUCACCAGGAGCAGUGCAUGGAAGUUCAGGAGUAGUGUCCUGUGAACGUGGCUGCUCCAUGGGGGCCACCUCCACAUCUUCACACAAGUUCUGCAGAGAUGUUGAUAUGGCCAUAAGUCACCAGACUAUUAAUAAGGAAAGAUCCAUAGAUGAUUGCUUGUAAAUCUUCUCCGAGUAGUUCUACACAAAUUGUUUUCCCAUUCCUGGAUUUCUAAUCCAGAAACGUUACAUUACUUUUAAAGACCUCUUUUAGUUGCUGUACACACCAAAUACUACUGUGUCUAGGUUAAAAAAAAAAAAACACUAAUAAAAAGAAGCCAUGUGUUCAUAAUCCUAAACUGAGCUCUUUUGUGUUUGAGUUGUCUACUUGUAAUACAGGCUGCCUAAUUUGCAGCCAUGGAACCUGUCUUCUCAUACCUUGCCCUCCAAGUUAAUUUAAUAUUGGAAAAUGUACUGUCAUAAGUGGGGGGAGGUUUUCUCGUGAAGUUGGUCUUUGCGAUGAUGAAAUUUAAAGCUUACGUGAUUCAAGUGAAUAAGAGUAAUGCACGCCCAUUGUCCAGAGUGUUUUCAUUGAGUAAAUGAAUGUUUGAGAUAUUGUAAUAAAGAUGGCCACCUGCACAUUAGAAA